GUUUUUGUUUAUAUUGUUGCAAUGGAGUGACAAGCCGUGCACAGAUGAUCGUCCAGCCUCCUCCGACACAGCGGUGAGGGCAGACAAGGCUAGAGCCAUCAUCACACCGCAUCCACCCAUCAUCAAACAUUCUCGCUCUUUUGUCCUCUUACUCGCUUUCCUCGCAGAUCCCUUUAUAUACACACACAUAUAUAUAUAUAUAUUUACUGUUCUUAAUUGCAAAAUUAUUUGUUGAAAUCGUUACCUUCCUGUCCGGUUUCGAGCGGAUCCCGGGAGACAGAGACAGACAGAGAAAUACUGGGUGACAGGAAAAAGGAGACAGAAGACAUUUGGACAAUCUGAAGACGAAGAAGGAAAAGAACCAGCCACAAAAAAAAAAAAAACGAACGGUGAGAUAAGGAGAUAACCGAGAGAGAAAGACAAAUCGUUGGAGGAGGCGAGCCAGCAGUGAACUCGUCCCAAAAAUAUACCCUCUAGAUAGAAUUCUCCCUUCAUCUUUCAUAUGAUCUCCCAAAAGCCAAACAGCAGACAGUUGAUGCUGAAUCAGGGCCAGGAGAUGAUGGGGUACACAAACAGAGCCACCACUGGUGCCACUCCAGGCACGACGACGACCACCACCACGACAAGCACCACCAACACCACCAAUCAGGUCCCUGGUGUGAUGUUCUGCAUGCAGUCACCCCAGUUUCCCCUGGGGAGACAGUUCCCUUGUGAAGCUUGCGAUCAAGUAUUUCCACUCUACGACCAGUUGAAGCGACACCGGCAGUCGUCGCAUCCGUCAGCGUCAUCACUAAAAACAUUUACCUGUAACAUAUGCGAGAAGGUGUUCUCGCAGAAGAUGUCGCUAAUCAACCACCAGAGGAUCCAUACCGGGGCAAAGCCGUUCUCAUGUGACCAGUGUCCGAAGUCGUUUUCCCAGGUGUCGAGUCUCCGCUGCCACAGUCGCACCCACACGGGGGAGAAACCCUUUAAGUGCUCUGUGUGUAACAAAUCGUUCAGUCAGAAGGGGAACCUUCAGGUGCACAUGCGACGCCACACGGGCGACAAACCGUUUGCGUGCAGCGUGUGCAUGCGGGCGUUCAGCCAGAAGGGGAACCUACAGACCCACAUGAAGCGCCAUGUGAACGACAAACCACUCAGUUGCAACCUGUGCGGGAAAGUCUACAUGUACAAAUCGUUGCUCAAAUGCCAUGAAAAGACGCACCUCGUUGAACAAAUGGCUGCUGGCGCAAACAGCAGCUACAACAACAACAACCAGAACAACAAUAACCACCACCACAACAAUAACAACAACAACAACAGUAACAAUAACAACAACAACAACAACAACAGCAACACCCACCACCCUCAUCAACAGCCACACCACCAUCACCACCAACAACAACAACAACAGCAGCAGCAGCAACAACAACAACAACAGCAUGCACACAACCCGCAGCCCCAUCACCACCCGCAUCAUCAUCAUCCGCAUCACAACAACACUGGAAACAACAACAAUAACAGCUACAAUAACAACAACAACAACAACAACAACACUAGCAACAGUAAAAUGUUGGACAAUGAAAUGGUAUAUAAACAACUUUGAACUGGUUGAAACCGGUCGGAACUGGACUGGGAAUCUUCUAGAAGAUAGUGGACUAAUGGCCAGGAAUCUCUCCCUGGCCAGAAAAACAUGCAAUAGGUACUUGUCAAACCUCAUAUAUAUAUAUAUAUGAGUUUGUGUGUGUGUGUAUAUAUAUAUAU